CCUGUGUUGUGUUGCUGCGUGUGUGUGUGUGUGCUGCUAGCACUGCAAAUGAAAACAGGAUCUGUUCUCGCUGAAGGAUCAUGAGGCUCCUGACUAUGGCACUUGCUCUGCUCUGUGCCCGUUCCGCGUCACAGGAACCCAACGGCAGCUCAGACGUCCCAUCAGCCAGUGACCCCCAAGCUGCCACCAAACCUUGGGUUAUGGAGCAGAAUGUCACAGGAACGGGCAAGAGAGAGGGCUAUGGCACAAGGAAUGGAACCUCUGGAGUUAAAGUUUGCGGAUGGCCUCCAAACCCGGUGACGGUUGUGCAGAGGAUCCUGGGCGGCAAGCUGGCGGAAGAGGGGAGCUUCCCCUGGCAUGUACUGGUGGUGGCAAGGGGCCGGGGGAGGGCCAGUGGCACCCUGAUUGGCAGGGGUUGGGUGUUGACGGCUGCCCAUAUCUUCUACCCCAAGGGCAGCCGCCGAAUUGACUUGGUCCGCCAACGUAACACCACCCAGAUUCGGCUGGGACCAGGCACCAGCCUGAAAGCGCUCCUGGCAGAAGGUGGCCUGGAGAUCGAGGAUAUCGUGGUGCACCCAGAGUUCGAGGAGGUGCUACACAAUUUUGACAAUGACAUUGCCCUGAUCAAGCUGAGGACAAACUGGGAAGAGGAGAGGGCAAUGCCUGCCUGCUUACCCAGGGCUCAGGAACAUAAAGGGCGUGACCUUUACCAGCCAGGGAGAGUGGGCUAUGUGGCUGGCUGGGGGAUAGAGGAUGGCUUCUUCCUCCGCGACAGGCUGCGUUACGUGCCGCUGCCCUUAGUUGACCAGCACCGUUGCUGGCAGGCCUUCCAGAAGGCACGAAUUGGGGGUCACCGCCCACUAGUCACCACCAACAUGUUCUGCGCUGGCAUGCCUGAGGGAGGGAGGGACGCUUGCGCUGGGGACACGGGUGGGGGCUUCCUAGUACCUGACCAGCGCUCGGGAGCCUGGUAUUUGAUAGGCAUUGUAUCCUGGGGCACCGGAUGUGGGCGGCCGGGCCGCUAUGGGGUGUACACACGGGUAUCCAGUUACCUCCACUGGAUCAACUCCAUCAUUGCUGCACAUCCCUAGUCUAAAGCUUCCCUCAAACUGACAUCCGCACCCAAAAACCUAUUGGGAGCCUUCAGGCUGAAUCUACUUUUGUUGGGUUUAUUUGUCAAUAAGAUUACACAGAGGUAAUAGAAUGCAACAAAUUUUCAUAGACUUCCUGAGGUUUGACUCCAUUCCCACCAGCCCAAGUUAUGUAGACAUCUCCCCUCCCCAAUCUGUGGGACUCCUCACUUCCCCCAAAACUCUAAUCUCCUCACUCCACUCAAGCUAUGGGCCUCUUCUUCUCCCAACACUGUGGGAGUCCUCACCCACCAAACUGUAGAAAUCCUCACCCCAGAAUGUCAGAUUAAAUUUAAUUUGUCAGCUUUCUUUACAAAAGAUGUGGUUAAACAGAGGCAAUGGAACGUAUGAACAAAUAAGGAGUAGGCCAUUCUGCCCCGCGAGCCUGCUCU